AAAAUAGAUGUUUCUCCACCUCUAAUGUUUACCCGAUGUUUCCACCUCUAACAAGCACAGCCAAAAAACGUUCACGGAAAAUAAUAGCCACUGUUUCGACGAAGCCUGUGCGGAAAAUCAUAAAAAUCAGCCAAUCGGUAAAAUCCGGUGACGUGUGGCGUAUACCCGAGAACGCGAAUAGUGCACGUGCAGAUCGUUUGAGAGCCCGCCACUCCCCUGCUUUCCAUUCCGAUGUUUCGCCAGCUCUGCGGAUGAUAUUUGGAAAGCAAGCGAAAAAAAAUGCAAAAUAAAGUGAAAUACCAGUGCCUCGCAGGAGAGGAGCGCCCGUCCGGAGCGCUUUUCUGCCAAUAGUUGUCGGUGGGGGGAAAAGGUGCGUUUUUUUCCAUUUUCCGAUAUCGCCAACAGGAGAAGUACAAACAUUAAAAGUGUAGUUGUGAUCGAAAAUCGAAAGUGUGAAGCAUUUUCUAAAAAUAGUUUCAAAUCUAAAUUCAAAUUCUCAGUGGAAACAAAACACAAAAUCAAUAAAUAUUAAAAAAAAAACAAUUAAGGAGAAGGCGCUCUAGUCGCCACUAGAAUUUGGAUAUAAUAUUUCGUCGAAGGACCAUCUCGCCAAAAGGACUCUUCCAAAAUGUCCACUCUGGACGCGCGCAACAACUCGGCGAUGAUGAAGCGGGCCGAGCAGCUGAAGCGGUGGGAGGAAUCGGACACUAACCGGGCCGCCCCCACACCCCGCGCCGAGCACGGCCGACGGAUCAAGUUCACCUCCGGAUGCGUCUUCCUGGCCGCCUGCCUCUCGGGGGACAAGGCUGAGGUCAUCCAGCUCCUGGACCAGGGAGCCGACAUCAAUACAGCCAACGUGGAUGGACUCACUGCCCUGCACCAGGCCUGCAUCGAUGACAAUCUAGACAUGGUUGAGUUUCUGGUAGAGCGUGGUGCGGAUAUCAACCGGCAGGACAAUGAAGGAUGGACGCCACUGCAUGCUACCGCUUCCUGCGGGUUCAUGAGCAUAGCUCGGUAUCUAGUGGAGAACGGCGCUGAUGUGGCCGCCGUGAACAGCGAUGGUGACUUGGCCCUGGACCUGGCCAUCGAUGUCCAGCACAUGGCCAUGAUUCACUACAUGGAGAAGAUGGUGCAGGAGCUGAACAUUGAUGUGGAGCAGGCCCGCAAGGCCGAGGAGCAGGCGAUGCUGAACGAUGCCAAAAAGUGGCUGAGAAGUGACGCCGCCGAGGUGGACAGGCCGCAUCCGAAGACCGGUGCCACGGCGCUACAUGUGGCGGCUGCCAAGGGUUAUACGAAAGUCCUGAGUCUGCUGCUGGCCGGCCGGGGCAAUGUCGAUCGCCAGGAUAACGAUGGAUGGACGCCAUUGCAUGCGGCAGCGCACUGGGGCCAGCGGGAGACGGCCGAGAUGCUGGUGGAGUCAUUGGCCGACAUGGACAUACGGAAUUAUGCCGGCCACUCCUGCAUCGAUGUGGCCGAUCGGAAGAUAGUCAAGUUCAUGGAAGAUCUGCGGGCCAACAAGCGCAACAAGCGGCGACCAUCUAGUCAAAUCAGCAGAAUCUCAGAUGCAAUUGAAAACCAUGUGGAGAAGACGCCCACGAAACUGGUGCGCGUGGAAGUGAGAACUGAUGCCACAAAGGAUGCUGCCAGCAGCUCAAGUGAUCCUGCCGAAGCCGUGGCUUCAAGUCCCAAUGCCGUUGAAGUGGAUGCUGAGAAUGAUCCGGCCAGUGGCCAAAAGGGCUCCGAGAGCGACUCUGAGGAGAUGAGCGAUUCCACAGAGAGCUCACACUCGACCAGCCUGUCCGAGAGCGAAGCGGAAAAUGUCAAGCCUAAUCAACAGAUUCAUGCCGCCGAACAUCCCGCCGAGGAGGAGGCACCCUGGAGACGCAAGUUGCCACGCACAUCCAACGACAGUCCCACUAAUAAUCAAGUUCCUGAUAGAGAGCUCAGCAGCAAUAGCUCAGAGACCGCCAACGACGUCAUCUUGCGACGCACCCAGAGCUUCGAAAAUGAUCAAAAAUUCUAUCAAAAGUACAAUGAACUGCGAGCCCGCAUAAAGGCCAAUUCCUGUCCCAUUCUGCCAGCAACGGCGGCUGCUCAGGCGAAUGCGAAUGCGAACUCGAAUGCCACUGCUGCCACAAAUUCCAAUAACAAUAAUAAUCUAAGUAGCAAUAAUAAUAAUAAUAACAAUAAUAAUAACAAAAGUGCUCUGCUGUUGGGAUCAACAACAACAACAACACCAACCAGUACAUACAACAACACGCACUCGAACACCAACAAUACACCAACUCCUCCUCAACAACAUCAACCAGCAGCAGUAGCAGUAGCAGCAUCGCCAUCGGCAUCGGCUUCAAAUCAAUUAUAUAGCGUACAAAGAUCGGCCUCACUCAAAGAUAACUCAAUGUUCUACAGGAAACCGACAGUCACUGUUGCCACGCCCACAAGCACAGCAUCUCCGGCAAGUCCAGCAAUUGGAGUCACCCCACCCAUACGCAGCCAAGUUUCAGCCAAGGGUACAGGACAGAGCAACAACGGCAGCUCGUCCACGGCCAGUGCCAGUGCCAGUGAUGCGGAGAGCUCCAAGCCGCCGCCCAAGCAGUCGGCCGGCAAUAUAAUCAAGAACUUCUUCAAAUCCUUUGUGCCACCGGUACGUGACGAGGAGAGUGAAACGCAGCGCAAGGCCCACGCCAAGCGAGUCAGGGAGACCCGCCGUUCCACCCAGGGCGUCACCCUCGACGAGAUCAAGAGCGCCGAGGAGUUGGUCAAAAAGAAGAAUCUUGGCAUGGCCAACAAUAACAAUAAUAACAACAACAACACGACUACAACCAGCAGCAGCAACGAAUCAAGCUCGUCAUCCGCCACUCCAUCCUCGAUCGCCAGCGACAGGGAUCAGGAGCAGGAGCAGGAGCAGGAUCAGCCGCCGCAGGAGCAGCAGCCACCGCCACCGCCCACCACACCGCCGCCAACACUAAUUCCCACCGACGAGACGGAGAUCGAGGAGGUCCAGAUCCCCUCCAGCGACUCGGCCCAGCAGAGUGUCAAUGACACCACUGCCAGUUUCACGCUGGCCGCUCCAAGGAGAUCCCUAUCCGGAGAUGCGGAUGCCAACAGCGAUGCCGAAGUGGAUCAGGCCGUGGUCAGUGCCAGCUAUACGAUAGUUUCCCGGCGGGACAAGCAGCCCGAUAGCCAAGCCGACAGUGCGGAGACUUCCACUCAAAAGACUGAUUCAGUUGCCAAAUCAUCGAGUAUAGAGAGUCGGGCGGAGGAGCCACAUGCCACCAGGCCCACGGAUCUGCCACUGAUUCCAGCCCAAGCGACGGAGGCCAUCAAGUCAUCCUCGGCGGCCACCACGCCGGCGGCCCUCGAGAGUCCGGUGCGUUUGAGGGACAAGAGGGGCCUCUCCAGCAGUCAGGAUGCGGAAACAAAGUCCGACACUGCCUCGCCGGUGUCCUCUCAUCCGGAUUUCAAUGCGAGGGACUCCCUGCUCAGUCUGUACGCCCGACGAACAACGGACGGCAGUGGUGGUGGCUCUGGUGCUCCCUCGUCCUCGUCCACUUCCACUUCCACAUCGGCUGCAGAGCGGCGUCCGUCUUGGCGCCUCAAGUUCGAUGCCGGCUCCAAGUUUAAGCUCGAGGACAUAACCAGUGGAGGCACAUAUCCGCCCAACAACAGCACUAUUAUACCCAGUGCUCCGGCGGUAAUGGCGGCUGCCAACUUAUCCACCGCAACCGGAGUCCAAAGGCGCAUCAGCAGUGGUCCCAAUGCACUAAAUGCUUCAAAUCAGUCGCUCAACUCGGUGGGCCGUCCUGUUUCUGCGCCCAGCGAGAGCACCAACAACAGCUCCUAUGCCACGCCCGCAGCGCGGAAAUAUGAGACCACCUCCACGGGGACGACGACCACAACAACGGCGGCCACAUCCACUACCAACAGCUCCUCCAACUCAGUGUCUGCAACCAGUGCCAAUCAUGCUGCGGCUACGGCUACGGCUACCAAUGCCACGGCAAACCAUGACGAUAAAGAUAACGACAAGGAGAACGACAACCGCACCCAGACCGUCAUACAAAGGAGGCGCAAGCCGAAGCGCAGAUCCACCGGCGUGGUGCACAUCGAUAUGGAUGAACUGGAUCCGGAGCGUCAGAACGAAUCGUCCAACAACGACAACGAAGACAAAGAGAAGGAGAGUGGCAGCGAAAGAACCUCUCGCUCCCGACUGGGCAGCUCCGCGAGUACAGCCACCACAAGUGAGUCGAAGAGUUCCGGAAGCGACAAGGCGGAGAAUGGCGAUGGCAUCGACUACAAGGCUCUCUGGGAGGCGGCCAAAUUGGAAAACGAUAAGCUGAAGCAGAUGCUCAAACAGAAGGACGAUGAGGUCGUACAGACGCGUGCCACACUCGAAAGAUUCGCCAACGCCACAUCGAAAAAUUCACUUUCUGAGAUUGAGAAACGCGAAAGAAGAGCUAUGGAACGGAAGCUUUCCGAGUUGGAAGAAGAGCUCAAGCUAUUGCAGAAGCUAAAGACUGAGAACGACCGUCUGCGAGCCGAGAAUCGGGCCCUCACCCGGGUCGUCUCGAAGCUGACCACCUCGGCUCAGAGUCAGCUGGCCAAGACCAAAUAGAUCAGAGCUGAGACCCCAAAAGCAUUUAGAUUGCCCAGCACCAGCACCCACAGCUCCCAAAACCAAAAAAAUUUACAUUUCAACACCCCCAAACACACACUCUUUCCCUGCUCAAUCGCACAAUGUCGCGGAUAUCGUUAUCGUUUCUAAAAUAUACAUAUAUACAAUACUAUAAUUAACACACUUUGAUGUCGUUACGAAUAUAUAUAAACAUAUGAUCAAAAUAAGCAUAACCAAGUAUCAAACUUUUGAUGUAUUUGUUCAUUAGAGAGUGCAACAAGUAACAAUAACUAAAUGUAUCUUAGCUAAAUUAAGUUCACAUUGAGCUCAUUGGCUUUGGACUGGUCACACUAUUGGUAAUAUAACUAUAAAACAUACUACAACUCCAAGGGAGCAACCUUAAUACUCGUUAGAUCCUUAGUAAAUUUUAACUCUCACAGCUGGAGAUAGUUUCUGCUUGUUUUUGGUAACUUCAAUUAGUUUAGGAAAAAGAGUUUUCGAAUUUAUAAUAACGGGAUUUCUGAAACUGAUUUUGAGAUCAAUGUGACCAUUUCUCUUUAUUUCUGAAAUUAAGGUCACAUUUUAAUUGCAUCAAAGUCAGUUUUAUGAAAAACUUAAUAUACUUGAUAUCAAACUAUAUUGUAUGGGAACUAUAGAACUAGUUAAUCAAAACCAAAUCACUUAAAUCAAAGUUAAACUCAUCGAAACCAACGAGAUCAACCAUCAAGCCCCCACCAUUAUAAUUAAAUAAAUGAAAUAAAAACAGCAUCAGCGAGUUGCGGCCCAAGGAUCAGCUAGCUAUAUACAUAUAUGAAGGCUACCUACCUAUACGAACAUCAGUGGGAGCUGAAGUGGUCUAGUUGGUGAUACUGGAAGCUUAAUGGUAAAUGCCCCACCACUGACACUGAUUUGAGCCAUAUUCUAUGAACCUGCGUCCCAAAUAUUAUGAGCUGGCUGUUGUUUUGUUGUUAUACACAUACCACAUAAUAAAUGAAUAUAAUAAAAUAUAUUUUAGCUAUAACUGUGUCAUGGAGUGUUUCAAAACUUGUAUAGAAAUUAAGAAUCGUUUAUCGUUAAUAAAUUUUAUGGCUUUAAAAAACAUCAUUUUUGAACUGGAAACUUUUUGAAACACUCUAAUGUGUACAUACCACAUUAAAUACUUCCUAAUACUAUACUUUAUAAAUAAUAUCUAAACUUUAAACUAUGAAUUUAAACCUCUUGUUGUUAAUAUUGUUACCAGUGUUAUCUGCUAUUUCGUUUAUCCUUUUGUCUGUGUUCUCGAAAUACAAGAAUAUGAUCUUAAGAUGAUCUUAAGUUAUACAAUAUAUGAAAUAAACAAGAAUUUUUCCCAUUGUCGUUUCUAUUGAA